AUGUCCGGCACCUUGCAAGUUGUGGUGCGCAAUAACACCAACACGAGUGCGCUGUACGCGCACAUCACCGGCACCUCGGACGCCGGGCUCUUUAUCCUGUCGUCCGACGGGCAGACGGCGUACCACCCGGCCAGCCCGACGCAGACGCUGUCGCCGCUCGGCGCCGACUGCGCCAUCAAUGUCGGCGGCACGGGGCAGACGCGGACGCUGACAAUCCCCUACGUUUCUGGCGGCCGCAUCUGGUUCUCCAAGGACAAGCCGCUCACGUUUUUCGUGAACCCGGGCCCCGCGCUCGUCGAGCCGUCGGCGCUCAACAUGAGUGAUGCCAACUACAACCUCGACUGGGGCUUUGCCGAGUUUACGUUUAACCGCAGCGAGCUCUACGUCAACGUGUCCUUUGUGGACUUUGUCAGUCUGCCCGUGUCGCUGCGCCUGGAGAAUGCGAGCGGCAAGGUGACGAGCGUCGCGGGUAUGCCCAGUGACGGCCUGGACAGGGUCUGCGCCGGGCUGACGGCGCAGGGCCAGCUGGACGGCGCCGGCUGGGACAAGCUCGUCGUGCGCUCGGCGGCCGGCCAGCUGCUCCGCGCGCUCAGCCCCAACUCGGGCGCCGUCAUGGUGCCGGGCCUGCUACAGGGCUACUACGCCCAGUACGUCGACGCCGUGUGGGCCAAGUACGCGGCCGAGGACCUCACGGUCAACACGCAGUUCAAAUGGGGCGACGCCAAGGGCCGCGUCAACGCGGCCGGGCUGCUCGACUUCGGCGGCGAUGCCGGCCAGUUUGGCAAGCCCUCGGCGGUCGACAUUUUCUCGUGCAACUCGGGCCCGUUUGCGCACUUCAGCGGCGUCACCGACGAGGCGCUCAACAUUGGCGCGCGUCUCGCGGCCGCGCUCAACCGCUCGACGCUGCUCAUCAACAGCAACCAGCCCGAGGGCGAGGACGUGGCCAAGUACUACCAAGACCCCAUCACCAAUCACUACGCGCGCAUCUGCCACGCCACCUCGAUCGAGGGUCGUGGCUACGCUUUCCCGUACGACGACGUCGGCGCGUCCAAGGGCGUGGACCAGUCAGGCUUUCUCAACGACCCCAAUCCCAAGACGCUGACCAUUGGCAUCGGCGCGCCGCUUGAGUAG